AUGUUUUGGGCACCAGGGAUCAGUUUCACGGAAGACAAUUUUUCCACGGACCAGGAGACAAAGGGAUGGUUUCAGGAUGAUUUAAGCAGGACAAGAAAAGUUCAACAUAAAAUUCUCUCUCUGCAUGUCUGGACCUCCUUCCUCCCCAGUGUACCGUGUGCAUUUGAAUUACACCCAAACCUUGAGUGCCACAAAGAUAAGAAAGCCUGCCCAACCGUGAAGAUCAAUUUUUUCUUUCUUCUGAUGCCAGCAAUGCAAUUUCUUAAAAGAACAGUGUGUUUUCCUGGCUCUGGAGAGAGUCAUGGAGACUUACUGCUUGCUUUGCAGGUGCUUACCGGAACUCUGUGUCCAGUGAACUUUAUGUAA